GCGGAUUGGAGUUUCGCCGGCUGAUUCGCGAUGAAAUGAUGCAGCGAAUUGAUGCGAUUUGGUGGAGAGACUGCACUUGGGAGGGCUUCAGACAGCAGCUGCGCCGUUUCUUUGGCGCCAUUCUCCCGUUUGCUCAAGCUCACCAGCUGUU